GGAGAAGCCUGGGCCCUGUGAGUAUUAUGGUCUGUCCGUCGCGAGGUAACCAUGCAGAGUCCUGCGCGCGCGUGGGAGGGGAGGGGGGAUUAUUAUGGGAUGUCUGGCCCCCUUUGUGUGCUCGCGAGGAUGUUAGCUAAGCUCUGAGGCUGGGGGGAGAGCACAGCAGAUCGUGUUUUCGUUUUUUUUUCCUCCCCUCCCCAAAUGAAUGAACGCUAAAUUAACUAAAACGAGCCCGGUUGCGGUAAUCGGCACGGAAGGAAGAGCUCGCUACGACCUGGGACCACACACGCACGCCCCAGCAAGUUUCCAAGGUAUCAAGUAGCCGCCCGCCCCCACCCUUCCCCCUUGGACAGUACACCACCCUCGGUCCACUCUCCAGUAGUCCCACGUCAUUUUCCCCUCCUCCCUCGUCGACCGACCGAGGAGCGAGAGCUUUAGGAGGGAUUAAUUUGAGCGAGGAGUUGGGGAAGAGGGGGGGGGGGGACGCACUGGAGACAUGUCAGGCAGCGACGAUGACAGGGACGACUUCGGGGCCGCCGAAGAGCACUCGCUACUCCACGACGACAACGAGCCGGAGGAGAUCAUGUCCGACUUGGACGAGCCUCCCAAGUCCAAGAAGAAGAAGAAGGCCAAGAAGAGCAGCAGGGAGAGUAGAAGCAACAAGAGGCAAAGAGUCGUCAGAGAGGAAUUGCCGCUGAGCUCUCCCGAGCACUUAAUGGAAGGCGAGGGAACAGAGAGGGACCCGGACGAGGGAGGCCUGCGCUCGGACAGCGACGGAAGCGAUUACGCCCCGGGAAGGAAAAAGAAAAAACGUUCCAGCUCGACCAAAGACAAGAAGAAAUCCGGCGCGUCUGCGGAGAAAGGGGGCUCGUCUAAGAGCAAGCGCAAAGAUCCAGAGCCGGAUGAUGACGACGAGGACGAUGAUGACUGCCAGCCGAAAAGCUCCUCCCAGAUGCUGGAGGCCUGGGGCAUGAAAGACAUCGACCACAUCUUUACUCAGGAAGACUACAACUCACUCACCAACUACAAAGCCUUCAGUCAGUUUGUCAGGCCCCUGAUCGCAGCCAAGAACCCCAAAAUCGCUGUGUCCAAGAUGAUGACUUUAAUGAUGGCCAAGUGGAGAGAGUUUAGCACCAACAACCCCCAUAAGGGCUCGGCGUCCGCCAACGCGGCCUUGGCGGCCGCCAAUGUGGCCGCGGCUGUGGAGAACAUGGUGGUGGCCGGGGCGGAUGGAGGGGGUGACGGCGGUCCUUCACCCCCCGCCGUCGCCGCCGCCGCUCAGACGCCGCCCGCCGCUCCGGCGGCAACCCCGCCGCCACCGCCGCUGCGCAAGGCCAAAACCAAAGAAGGCAAAGGCCCUAACGCUCGUAAAAAGUCCAAGCCUAAAGUCCCACCGAAGCCCAAACCCAAGAAAGUGGCUCCGCUCAAGAUCAAACUGGGAGGCCUGAACAGCAAGAGGAAGCGCUCCUCUAGCGACGACGACGACGACGCGGACGGCGACUUUGACGAAAGCGGCUUCUCCGUGUCGGAGGGCUCCGCCCGCGCUAGCCGCGGCAAGAAGAAAUCCAAGAGUGCCAAGAAAAAGAAGAAAGCGGAGACGGAGGACGGCGACGGCUACGAGACGGACCACCAGGACUAUUGCGAGGUGUGCCAGCAGGGCGGCGAAAUCAUUCUGUGCGACACCUGCCCCAGGGCUUAUCACAUGGUCUGCUUGGACCCGGACAUGGAGAAGGCACCCGAGGGCAAGUGGAGCUGCCCACACUGCGAAAAGGAGGGCAUCCAAUGGGAAGCCAGGGAAGACCUCUCGGACGGCGAAGCGGAAGACGAGGACGACAGGCAGGACGACGGCGCCGAGGAAGAGGACGACCAUCACAUCGAGUACUGCCGGGUGUGCAAGGACGGGGGGGAGCUUCUCUGCUGCGACACUUGCCCCUCGUCCUACCACAUCCACUGUCUCAACCCGCCCCUCCCCGAGAUCCCCAACGGCGAGUGGAUCUGCCCUCGCUGCAAGUGUCCACCGAUGAAGGGUAAAGUCCAGAAGGUUUUAACGUGGCAUUGGGGAGAGCUACCCGCCCCUACGCCGGUUCCCCGGCCUGCCGACCUGCCGGCCGACGCCCCGGAUCCACCGCCGCUGGUUGGCCGCCGGGAGCGGGAGUUCUUUGUCAAAUGGUGCAACAUGUCCUAUUGGCACUGCUCCUGGGUUCUGGAGUUACAGUUGGAGUUGAACUGCCAGGUGAUGUUCCGCAACUACCAGAGGAAGACCGACAUGGACGAGCCGCCGCCGGUGGACUUUGGCGGCGAGGGCGACGACGAUAAGAGCACCAAGAGGAAGAACAAGGAUCCGCUCUUUGUCCAUAUGGAGGCGGAGUUCUACCGCUACGGAGUCAAGAUGGAGUGGCUUAUGAUACACCGCAUCCUCAACCACAGCGUGGACCGGAAGGGCAACGUGCACUACCUGAUCAAAUGGCGAGAUCUGGCCUACGACCAGUCGACGUGGGAGAGCGAAGACAUGGACAUCCCCGAGUUUGACCUUUACAAGCAGACCUACUGGAAUCACAGAGAGCUAAUGAUUGGUGAUGAGGGCAGACCCGGUAAGAAGCUGAAGAAACCCGUCAAAGUUAAGAAGACGGAGCGUCCACCUGCUAAUCCAGUGGUAGACCCCACCAUCAAGUUUGACCGUCAGCCCGACUACCUGGACAGCACCGGGGGUACGCUUCACCCCUACCAGCUGGAGGGCUUGAACUGGCUCAGGUUUUCUUGGGCUCAGGCUACCGACACCAUCCUUGCCGAUGAAAUGGGCUUAGGCAAGACGGUCCAGACCGCGGUCUUCCUCUACUCUCUUUACAAGGAGGGUCACUCCAAAGGUCCCUUUCUGGUGAGCGCCCCUCUGUCCACCAUCAUCAACUGGGAGCGAGAGUUCGAGAUGUGGGCCCCGGACAUGUACGUGGUCACGUACGUGGGCGACAAGGACAGCAGAGCCGUCAUCCGAGAGAACGAGUUUUCCUUCGAAGGGAACGCCAUCCGAGGUGGGAAAAAAGCAUCCAAGAUGAAGAAAGACUCGACGGUUAAGUUUCACGUCCUGCUGACGUCCUACGAGCUGAUUACCAUCGACCAGGCUGUGCUGGGCUCGAUUGAAUGGGCCUGUCUGGUGGUGGACGAGGCUCACAGGCUGAAAAACAACCAGUCCAAGUUCUUCCGAGUGUUGAACAACUACCCGCUGCAACACAAGCUGCUGCUGACCGGCACGCCUCUUCAGAACAACCUGGAGGAGCUCUUCCACUUGCUGAACUUCCUGACGCCGGAGAGAUUCAACAACUUGGAAGGUUUUCUAGAAGAGUUUGCCGACAUCGCCAAAGAGGACCAGAUCAAGAAGCUCCAUGACAUGCUGGGCCCGCACAUGCUCAGGAGGCUGAAGGCCGACGUCUUCAAGCACAUGCCGUCCAAAACCGAACUCAUUGUCAGAGUGGAGCUCAGCCCCAUGCAAAAGAAAUACUACAAGUUCAUUUUAACGCGGAAUUUCGAGGCCUUGAACACCCGCGGAGGAGGAAACCAAGUCUCUCUGCUCAACGUGGUGAUGGAUCUGAAAAAGUGCUGCAAUCAUCCGUACCUCUUUCCGGCCGCCGCUACCGAGGCUCCAAAACUUCCCAACGGGAUGUAUGAAGGCUUGGCCCUGACCAAGGCAUCGGGCAAGCUGAUGCUCUUGCACAAGAUGAUGAAGAAGCUGAAGGAAGGCGGUCACAGAGUGCUGGUUUUCUCCCAGAUGACCAAAAUGCUGGACCUGCUGGAGGACUUCCUGGAAAACGAGGGCUACAAAUACGAGAGAAUCGACGGCGGCGUCACCGGCAACAUGCGGCAGGAGGCCAUCGACCGCUUUAAUGCUCCCGGCGCGCCACAGUUUGCUUUCCUCCUCUCGACUCGAGCUGGAGGACUGGGCAUCAAUCUUGCGUCUGCCGACACCGUUAUCAUCUACGACUCUGACUGGAACCCCCACAAUGACAUCCAGGCGUUCAGCAGAGCUCACCGUAUUGGCCAGAACAGGAAGGUGAUGAUUUAUCGCUUUGUAACCAAAGCAUCCGUGGAGGAGAGGAUCACACAGGUCGCAAAGAAAAAAAUGAUGCUCACCCACUUGGUGGUGCGACCCGGCCUGGGCUCCAAGACCGGUUCCAUGUCCAAGCAGGAGCUGGACGAUAUCCUGAAAUUUGGAACCGAGGAGCUGUUUAAGGAUGAGGCUGGAGAAGGAGACAACAAGGAGGACGACAGCAGCGUGAUCCACUACGACGACCAAGCCAUUGACCGUUUGCUGGACCGCAACCAGGACGCCACGGACGACACCGAGAUCCAAAGCAUGAACGAAUACCUCAGCUCCUUCAAAGUUGCCCAGUACGUGGUCAAAGACGAGGACGAUGAGGAGGAGGAAGUAGAGAGGGAGGUGAUCAAGCAGGAAGAAAGCGUCGACCCCGACUACUGGGAGAAGCUGCUUCGUCAUCACUACGAGCAGCAGCAAGAGGAUCUGGCCCGCAAUCUGGGCAAAGGCAAAAGAACUCGAAAGCCGGUUAACUACAAUGACGGUUCGCAGGAGGACCGAGGUAUAAGACAGGAUUGGCAAGAGGACCAAUCCGACAACCAGUCCGAUUACUCGGUGGCGUCGGAGGAGGGCGACGAGGACUUUGACGAACGUUCUGAAGCAAAUGCCCGCAGACCAAACCGCAAAGGGUUAAGAAAUGACAGGGACAAGCCUCUGCCUCCGCUUCUGGCCCGAGUGGGAGGAAACAUUGAGGUUCUGGGCUUCAACGCACGGCAGAGGAAGGCUUUCCUGAACGUGGUCAUGCGUUACGGGAUGCCUCCGCAGGAUGCCUUCAACAACCAGUGGCUUGUCAGGGACCUUCGAGGGAAGUCUGAGAAGGAAUUCAAAGCUUACGUGUCCCUGUUCAUGAGGCACCUGUGCGAGCCGGGAGCUGACGGAGCAGAGACUUUUGCGGACGGCGUCCCGCGAGAGGGUCUGUCCAGGCAGCACGUGCUCACUCGCAUCGGUGUCAUGUCGCUCAUCAGGAAAAAGGUGCAAGAGUUUGAGCACGUGAAUGGUCAGUGGUCCAUGCCCUGGAUGGCGGAAUUGGAGGAAAACAAGAGGGCGGCGGCGGCUUUGGCUGCGGGCGAGGAUCCCAAGACCCCUUCAAGCGGGACGCCGGCGGAUACGCAACCCAACACUCCUGUGCCAGAGGACCUCUCGAGAUCAGAGGACAAAGAGGACAUCAAGAAGGAUGCGGAGGACACCAAAGUAACCCGAAAGCCAGACGAUCCCGAGAUUAUCGAAAUCCCAGAUGAGUCCGACAAGUCGCCGGCCUCUGAAAACAAAGAUGAUGACCUUGCGGGGAAGGAGGAGAAAGAGAAGGAGACGCGAGGUGGCGAUAAAGGGAAUGACGACGCCGACUUUAGCAAGGACCGAGAGGAGAAGAGCGACAAAGCUGUCAAAGGUGAAGGAACGGAGGACAAAACGGAUCCGGAAGAUCGAUCGAAAGGUGAAGAUGCUAAAGAUGAAAAGAUGGACACAGACAAAGAUCAACAAGAGGAUAAAGACGGCGUGAAAUCGGAGGACUCGAGCCGACUUCAGAACGGAGAGAACACCCGAGAAGGCGCUCUGUCCGUGUUGAACGUGAGCGAAGAGAAGAGGAAAGCCAGCAAGCAGAGGUUCAUGUUCAACAUCGCAGACGGAGGCUUCACAGAGCUUCACUCCCUCUGGCAGAAUGAGGAGAGGGCAGCCACCGUCACGAAGAAGACCUUUGAGAUCUGGCACCGUCGCCAUGACUACUGGCUCCUGGCUGGCAUCAUCCAACACGGCUACGCCCGAUGGCAGGACGUGCAGAACGACGUCAGGUUCGCCAUUCUCAACGAGCCCUUCAAGGGGGAAAUGAGCAGGGGCAACUUCCUGGAGAUCAAGAACAAGUUCCUGGCGCGCAGGUUCAAGUUACUGGAGCAAGCGUUGGUGAUCGAGGAGCAGCUACGCCGAGCGGCCUACCUCAACAUGACGGAGGAUCCGGCCCACCCCUCCAUGGCGCUCAACACGCGCUUCAGCGAGGUGGAGUGUCUGGCCGAGUCCCACCAGCACCUCAGCAAGGAGUCCAUGUCGGGAAACAAGCCAGCCAAUGCAGUUCUGCAUAAAGUUCUCAAACAGCUGGAGGAGCUGCUGAGCGACAUGAAGGCGGACGUCACGCGCCUUCCGGCCACCAUCGCCAGGAUACCGCCCGUGGCCGUGCGGCUGCAAAUGUCCGAGAGGAACAUCCUCAGCAGGCUGGCCAGCCGAGGGCCCGAGGUCACCGCACAGAACCCGUCGCAGAGCGUGCAGCAGAUGCAGGUUUCGCGCUGAGGCGGGAACUUUUCACCGCCUGACAGCCCCCCCACAUCCCCCGCAACCCCUCACCCUUCAACCACAGACAGGUUAGUCGUCCUCGGUACACGCACGCACCGCUGGAAGUCAUAAAAAGAAGGAUCUCCUCAAAACAUGGCCGAACUGACCCCAGUCAUGUGCACAUCCGUGUACAGUGUACACGGGGGGUGGGCGGGGGGGGGGAGAUGAAACCCCCCAUUUUUGUUGCAAGUGCUUGGAUUGGACUCUUGGAAGCGGAUGGACUUAUAGGACUGAUUUUUUAUUUUUAUUUUUUUCUGGCUCUUUUUCCCCUCGUCGGAAAUUGUAUCAUUUUUUUUUUUUUCCUUGAAAAGUCGUAAUGUUCUCACACCUUAACGUGUUUGUCCGUCGAUGGGUAUUUACAGGUGCAUCUCGCGUCAAAUGUCGUGGAGAGCUUUCAUUUGAUUCAGUAGUUCCAAUCCAAAAGGGAAAUUUGUAUCUUUUCGUUUCUCAUCGACACAUUUUGGAAUAUUUACCAAACAAUAUAAAAUGUUUUGUUUUUGUUUUUUUCUUCUUCUUUUCAGAAAUCGACAAGAAAUUGGCCUUCUUAAAAAUAUCAUCUAAUCUUUCUCAAAGUAUCUUUUUGAAUUGAACUACCGGACUGAAGAAACUUUUCGACGAUGUCAUUGUAUGUACAGCGCUGUGCAAAAGUCUCGGGUCACCAUUACCUUUUGCUGUUUGAAUGACUCGAUAAAACGAGUCGAGCAGAUAAUCUUAAGAAUUAGUCGUGGCACUUAAACAGUAUGGCCUGCGUUUCAUUUCGUGCGAUGACACACGUGGAAUCCUUAAAUUCUUGCUGCUUUAAAAAAAAAAAAAAAAAAAAUGAAACGGUGGUGAGCGCGCCCGUCUCGCAGUUCUUCGGUUCUCGUUUGAAUCUCAUCACGUUCACCCUUUGCUCACGUGGCUUUUGCCCGCGCGCUCCGCCUGCUUUUCCCGCAUCAAUUGUCAAUGGCUGUGGGGGGUGCGUGGUCGUUUGGAAACGAGGGCAACCGCGCUGUAGCAAAUACAGGGGGGGGUCGUCGUAAAUGAAGCAACAAAUGGUGUCCCAACACUUUUGCACCGUGCAUUUAUCAUUAUACUGUAUGUGUAUGUGAGCGCGACGGACCGUAUAUGGUGCGCCACUGCAGGAUGACAUGACGUCAUCGCGGGUGGGGGCUGUUCACGUCUUGAUUCUCUUAUUGUUACCUCCAUCCCAAAAUACUCGCCCCCCCCCCUUCCUCCCCUCCCCCGUGACAUCACUUGAACUAGCCUGCUGAUCGGCUCGCGUACCAACGUGCACCCAGACAUUCCUCAGAUCCCCGGAAACUCCUGUAUUUUGCUCAAAAUAAGGGACACGUAAUGGGGGUUGUAGGAAGGGUGGCGGGUAGGGGUGGGGGGGGGGGUUUGGGGACGUGUCGGCAAUCUAACUUAAAUCGUUUCUGUACAUGUAUCGUUAUUAAGAUGAGCGCCUUGUUGUUUUUAAAUCACGUUUUGUUUUUUCAAUGGGCCACAAUAAAAGGUCAGCUGUU